GGAUAGGAAUAGGAAAGACAUGGAUAAGUUGGGAAUUAAAGUAUUUGUCCUCUAUACUGUUAACAAGUAGUGACACUACUAAGUUUAUAGAAGUUCUAAAAGAUCACUGUUACAUCUUUAUUGACUUAAAUAAUGGAAAUAAAUAUAUUAGAGAUUUCAAUAAUGUGGAAGAUUCAAAUGUGCAAAUAGGAAUGCGUGUUGCAAUGGCUUUAAGAAUGACAAUGUGUCCUCAUCCAUCAAAAGAUCAUUGGUUUAAAGCAAUUGAUGAUGAAGAAUAUGAAAAAAAUAUUUCCAGAAAAUAUAUAUUAAUUCCAAAAAUAAUAAUUAAUAUUCAGAAAUAUGAAAUUUAA